ACCCAUACUGGUGAGCAUGUGAGCAAUUCUCCAAGCAAUCAAGAGGUGAAAAGAAGUUUGGACGCCUAGUGUACUAGACAAUCGAUACCAUCCAAUAGUUAACUAUCCGAGUGUGUUGUUACAAACUGUAGAGUUGAUCAUCCACAUGUGAGAUGGAUGUGGAGCUGUGAUAAGAUAAGCAUCGCGUGGGCACGGCCGGGCAACGCGAGGCACGCGCAUCGCGUCUUGAACAGGCACCCUUGAGAGGGAUCCGCACGCUCAGCCCUUCCAACCUCGUCUCUACAACCCAGUAUUCCCCAUUGACUCAUGCCAUGACCCAUUUCCCUAUUUGAAACUCCGACUUUAAAGCCGCAUGAUUAAUAUUCACCAAUCCGAAAUGUCCACAACUUCUACACCGCGUUCGGCGCGGUCAACGCGCUCCUUGUCGCCCGCCAAUAAUUCUCCAAGCAUCCUGACCCCGGGCCAGAAGAUCAAAGCCAUGAUGGCCCAAUUCGACAGCGAUUCCGACUCCGACUCACAAAACACGAAUUCGAGAGCAUCUAUACCGAAGCUGAACUUCGGAAGCAGGAACACAUCCACCGGGAUCCGCUCAAUAGAACAGUCCAACUUCUCCGAAGACGACUCGGAAGAUGCAGAUGAGAUUGUGAAGCCAAAGGGCCGCAUGGCUGCUCGCAUGCAAGGCGAUAGCAGUGCUUCGAUAGACUCCGAACCCCAGGAAAACUCCGCCUUUUCCCGAUUAUCCAAGGCUCUGCGGACUGAGAGAGAACAGACACAAAAGCCAACACGUCGAAGCCCCUCACCCGUCGACGAUUCCAGUGACGAUGACUUGCCCACAGCUGCUCCUCGGAGGAGGAACAACGCACAAUCCAACCAAUCUCCUAUCUCUGUGGGCCACGAUGCCGCAAAGUCACCCUCUCGCGCACGCUCUGUCUCGCCCUUGUUUGUCUCUUCGCCAGCAUCUCCACAAAAUCAAGCGAUUGCUUCAGAUAGCGCCGCAAAUGAUGGACCUGUUGACAACCCAAAGUCUAACGCGAGAUUCCUCGCUCUCGUCGCUCAAAAGCGAAAGGAGCGCGAGGAGCGUGAACGCAUUGAGGAUGAAGAAAGGGCAGCCAGACGCGCUCAAUUGGAGCAUUUUAGCUCCGAAAUAGUGUCUGGCGAGGAAAGCGAGGGCGAAGCGGGUAAAUCUGCACAGAAAUUGAGUCAGAAAACUCGACAGCCUAGAAAGGCAAGCAAGAAGGCUCUCGAGGAGAUGAGACAGGAGACACAACGCAUAAGCCGAAACAUGCAACUGGCCCAUCAGGCUCAGACCAAGAAGAAGAUUACCAAGGAGAGUUUGUUCGCCAAGUUCAACUUCAUGCAGCCGGCGCCUUCUUCCGCAGAACCUGCAGCUGCAAAUUCAUCUUCGACUGCCAGUUCCCAAAAUUCUUCCGACGGCGAGAGGCCCAAGCUAGGCAAAGAGACGCCACACACUUCGCCUGUACUGGGACCCUCUGACACGGAGAAAACCGUUGCUAUUGAUAUCGCUGAAGUUCCCGAUGCGAUCGAUGAGAAUGAAACGAAGGGCGCGGGCGCAGCGAUAACUGAGAAAGCCGACAGUUCCGUCUCCGAGACACUCGAUGAGCUCAAAAUUUCUACUAUUCCAAGUACGAAGAAAAUACCUCGCAAGCCGACCCAGCCUCCCGUCCGUGUCCUCCUCUCCCGGCAAGAAGUUGCUCGGCACCAGCGAGAAGAUUACGAUAGCGAUGAUUUGGAAGUUGUCACAUCCCCUUCCAAGGCUCGCCGUAUUGCUGCCUUCGAAAAUCUACCCACCAAAAAGUUGCAAGAAUCCUCGUCGAUGACCACGUUGAAGGCAUUGGCCCAUUUGACAUCACCAAGCCGCAAGCACAAGGGUAUGACCUCGGCCGAACUGUCUGCAAACUUGUUGUAUAGAGCCCGUCAGCAAGCUGCCAAGGAACGACGCGAGCGCAUCGAAGAGCUCCGGGCAAAGGGCAUCGUCAUUGAAACCGCCGAAGAGCGUGCUGCAAUGGAAGACGAUAUCGAAAACCUGAUGGACAAGGCGCGUGAGGAGGCCGAUGAGAUUGCACGACAGGAACGAGCUGCCAAGAAGAAGGCGCAAGGUCUGAAUGGAGAUGACGAUAAUGACGACGAAGACGAUGACUACUACGCGCCUUCAGGCUCCGACGAAGAUGGAUCUGACGGAGAUGAUGACGAAGAUGAGGACAAAGAUGUCAACGAGGACCCCGGAUUCCUCGAUAACGAAGCAGACGAGGAUGAUGAGUCUGCUGACGACCAAGCCCAGGAUGAAAUGUCGGAUGCGGACAUGCUGGUCGAAGCUUCUAGUGGCCGGCGACAGCGACGAGCUCGUGUGAUUGACGACGACGAGGACGAGGAGGAACCUCAAGUGCCCUCCACACCAGUCAGACCACCAUCUCAUGACCUACAGUCGGUGGACCGACCAACGUUCCCUGGCAUGGAGACACCUGGUGGCAUGUCGUUGGGGCUUACUCAAGCAUUCGCUGGCACGUUGGCCGACGAUGAAGAUGCCACUAGCCAGCCUGCCUCAUUGACAAUGCCUUUCUCUCUUCCCGACCCUGGUCUCCCCGUCCCCAGACUUCGCGCCGAAGACUCAGAUAUCCUCGUUCGUGAUAGUCAGGAACACUCUAAUGAGCCCGACUUCACGACCGCUUACAAUCAAAAUGUGACAAGAGUAUCGGAGUCGCCCGCUGCCCACAAAUUCUCUCAGUUCUCGCAGCUUCCCGAUCCCAGUCAAGAUCAGGGCUUCGUUUAUUCUCCAUUCGACCCGGCUAAGCGUUUCCGAGAAACGCCGCCAGUUUCAACCGUUGAUACUGUCCUCCUCGGCCAGAGUCAGUCACCGGUUGCAGAACGUAAGAGCCGACAACUUCGACGUGGCCGCACCGCACACUUGUCCAUGGUUGAAGAGGAUGAUCACGAGGGCGAUUUCGAGAUCAAUGCCAAUGCCUUUAACAUUAUGAAGAAGGCAUCUAAGAAGGAAUCCGUUCCAUACGAUAAGAAGAACAGCAAAGCCAAGAACAUUGUCGACGAAGCUGCAGAGGAAUCCGAGGAUGAAUACGCCGGUCUUGGAGGUGCCAGUGAUGACAGUGAAGGCGAAGAAGAUGCCUACGAUCAUCAAAUGAUCAAUGACCAGAGCGGCGAAGUGGUCGAUGAGAAGCAGCUUGCCGCGAUGAAUGCAAUGCACCAACGAGACCGUGACGAAAAAGAAGUCGCGAAGCUGUACAAGGAUAUCGCGACUGGAGCCUUGCGCCGUCGCCGUGGCGGUGACGAUGACUUUGAUCUUGACGACUCUGAUGAUGAGCGCCUAGCCCGUCAGCGUGAAAAGCAACGCGAGUUUGCGAAGAUGCGUCGUGCCCUCCUUGCGGAUGACAAGAUUGGUCAACUCGCCGAGGACCCCAAGAAGGCUGCCUUCUUCAAGGCCAUCGAAGACCGAGAGGUGGAGGAUGAUUUUGAAUUGGACUUCCUUAAAGAGAAUGCAGGCGACUCUCAGAACGAGGCCUCUCAGGAUGCUGCACAGGAGCAGGACGACUCUGCGCAGGAUAGCAAGAAGCGCAAGCGACCGCUCGAGCCAUCCGCUGAAGAUGCCACCAACAGGCCUCCACCUCAUCUUCGCCGUACAGCUGCCAGCGCCAUGUCCAAAAAGCCAGCCACACUUGCUGAAAUUCGAGAGACACUAUCGUUCUUGACUGAGACUCCCGAAUAUGAUUCUUUCCACGAAGAUGCGUCUGUCGACGAAGAUGAAGCCAUCGAAGACGCUGAGGACUCGAGCACCGGCAACGAAGAAGCAUACUCCGAAGAGGCAAGCUCGCAAUCUAAAGAUGGCUUCGCUGUGCCGAGUCACCCCCGACGCACCCGUGGCGUUGUCGUGGAUCGCCUUGCCCUCCUCCGUCAAGCCUCAUCUAACUCUGCCUCUGGUACAACAUCCGGAGCAUCUGCCAAUACCAAGUUCGCCUUCCACAGCGGCGGUAAUUCCGAGAGCCCCAUCGGUUUCCGGCCCCCACAGCUUCUGCGCCGCGUGACCACGGGCUCCUCUUCAUCCAGCUCCAGCACAACUUCAUCCAAUGCCAGUCGAGUUGCCCAGCCUGCCCCGUCUGGUCCAAAGAAGGGUGGCGCUAUCAACUCUUACACCGCUGCACGUGAAAAGGAGCGUGAGAAGCAGCUCCGCAUGAAGCAACGAAAUGGUGGCGCUAACAUUGCCAAACUACUGGGCAAGCAUGCUGGUAAUGGACUGGGUGCCCUAGCUGGUAAGGGACAGUGGGAUUGAGCAGCUGGGGCCCUCGACCUGUGUGUCAAUGAAAUACUCUGGGCGUUUCUUCCUGCAAUUAUGGCUAGCGUUUUAAUCUCUCGGCGUUGUGGUCAAUGGAUAACAGUUGGGUCUAUACUUUUUUUUAACAAUCAUGAGAUUUAUCCAAAAUAGAUCACUGUUACCCAUGAAGCUUUUCAUUGUAGUCAUAAGUAAUACGGCUGAUAAACGCCUGUGAAGGGCAGUAUGCCACUACACUGCAUUGAGCGGAGGAUAAUUGCUUGUCUAUCUCGUCCCCCGUAUCAACUUACAGCGUGUAGCUAUCAAUGCAGGGGAUAAUUAUCUCAUUGAAACUCAUGAGCCAAUCUUCAGCUCGGUGAACAACUCCAGCAACGAACGAAUAGUUCUCGAAGGGCAUUCUUCACUGCCAUUACGUUCAAGGAAGUAGCUCUGCCAGCCCGCACGAGUAGCACCAACGUAGUCCUUCUGGUAGUCAUCACCAAUGUGUACAUAUGUCCAGUCAUCAGUAUCCUCCAGGCCAGCUGGAGUUGAGCCUUGUUGCCCAUCUUGUCGGACAAGCAAUUGAGCCUGCCGUUUCGCGACAUCGAAGAUCAACUUAUUCGGUUUCUCUUCGCCAGCUUCGUAGCUGGUAAUCACCAGGUCAAUGUCAACAUCUGGCCGAGCGCCAAAGUACGUGGUAGCCGCGGUCUGGGACUGGGGCUCUUGCGAAGAGUCUCGCUCCUCGAAACCCGGCAAUUCCAUACUCGACCGGUCCUGAUCUGCCCGUGUAUCUCCAACGCGUAGACCAAGCGCUUUCAGCACUGCGGGAACACGAUCAUCAGAGUUGGAUAUCACGCCCAGCACGAUCCGAUCAAAAGGAGAGCUAUUCGAUGAAGCUCUGAGCUCACGCAUCCGGGCGAAAAACGGGGCUACAUCGUCAUACAACGUGUAACCUCCAUGCCCCGCAAACCGAUUCAGUAGAGUCUCAACCAUACCGCUGGGGAGAUCAAGCUGUCCGUAAUCCGGGGAUAUGCUCUGUACAUUAUUCUCAUUCUCCUCUGAGGCUAGGACCUGUCCAAAACUCCCACGGAUGACCUCUUCCCACCAUUGUUUUGGCCCUCCAUACUGACCCUUGAGCACGUCCGCGCGACCGUAAUUCGGAUUUUGUUUGGAUUUUAGGCGGUACACGUCCUUGAAUGCGGCUUUGAGCUUGUCGGGUGUCACUGCUGUUCGGGAGAGUCCGAACUCGUGGCCGAUUGCCGCAUAUUGGUCGGGAACUGACGGAUGUGGGUAGAAGAGGGUCUCGAAGGCGUCGAAUGUGAGAAGGAGAGUUCGGCGACGGCGGAUCGAGCUCUGUGUGAUGGUGCGGGCGCCUCUGUGGAGUGGGUUGGAGAGCAUCGUAUGAGGGG